GCACGUCGGCAUCUCCGCUAAAUUUGUUUUGUUUAUUUUGGAGAAAUUUUUUGUAUUUCGAUUUGUAAGAAAUUUUCGAGAAACCUCUUUUGCCGAAAGGCUUAGCAAAUUACACAAUUUUUUUUUUACUGAAGCAUUAACGUGAGGGGAAGAUCGAGAUGGUGAACCGACUGUCGGAGCAGCUGGUGGAGGCCAAGUCCAAGUGCUCGAACUUCCGCAACGCCGUGAAGCUGAAUGUGUGGGGCAGCGACCUGAACGACAUCAGCAUCUGCCUGCAGAUGCCGCGCCUGGAGGUCCUGGCGCUCAGCGUGAACAGGAUCAGCACGCUGAGCAGCCUGCAGAACUGCAUCCGGCUGAAGGAGCUCUAUCUGCGCAAGAACGAGAUCCCGAGCUUCGAGGAGCUCAACCACCUGGCCAACGCCCGCUCGCUAACCUCGCUCUGGCUGGAGGGCAACCCGUGCUCCGAGGCCGCCGGCAGCAACUACCGUGCCUCCGUGCUGCGCAAGCUGCCGCAGCUCAAGAAGCUGGACAACGUGGAGGUCUGCGAGCAGGAGCUGCAGGCCGCCCUGCGCCACGAGUACUAUCCGGAGCCGAAGAGUGCGAUCAGUUCUCCGGUCAAGGAUCCGUCGCCGUCGGGUGGAGACUCCAGCAGCUCCGGCUCCAAGGCCAAGGCCUAUCGCGAACGGAUCGAGCGGGAGCGGCAGAGCGAGCGAGAGUGGGAGGAGGAGCGGGAGCGUGAGCGGGAACGGGAACGGGAACGUGAGCGGGAACGUGAGCGGGAACGUGAGCGGGAACGUGAGCGGGAGCGUGAGCGGCAGCGGCAGAGGGAGCGGCAGCUGCCCCAGGCGCACCAGUUGCCACCUGCGUCGGCCGGAAGUGCUGGUGGCGAUGCCCUGGAACUGGAGGGGCCCAUCCUGCACAGCACCACGUCCUCGCCGCGUCUCAUUGCGCCCAACUUCCAUCCGGGUCAGCAAGGUCAAAGCUGCCGGAUGACCGCUGCCACCGCCGCCUCGGCAGCAGUCACCGCCGCCCUGGUGGCCCAGACCCGCCAGGAGGCCAUCGAUUCCUCGGCCAGGCGCCGCGAGGAGGAGCAGCAGCCCAGGUGCGGAAGUCCCCGCGAGCAUUCGGACAUGCCGGCCUCCUGCUAUCCCGGCAAUGGGGGUGGUCAGACGGAGCAGAGGCGUCCCCGGCUGAAUGCCAACCUCCUAUCCGCCACACUGUGCCUCAUCCGCGAGAUGGACGCACCCACCCUGGAGGCCCUGAGCCACGCCAUCUACGACCAAGUGUCCAGCCAGACGAUGCCCUUCUAGAUCCCUGAUCCCGUUUACCACUUCUUCCCCAGCACUGAAUCCUCAGUGAUUUCAUUUCCAUUCCCGUUUAAAUCAGUUCAAAAUUAAUUUAGUUUCAAGUGGACGCAUAUUUGUUUUGGGUCAUAAUUUCCUAAAACAAAAGUUAAUUAAUAUAAUAACUAGUG